CAAAAUGUAUUUAUAAAUUUACCUCCAAAAAAUUUGGAAAAUGAAUUUAAUAAUUUAUUAACAAAUGAUGCAAUUGAAUUUCUUGUUAAUUUAAUUGUUGAAUUUGAUGAACGUAUUGAUAAUUUAUAUAAUCAACGUCAAAAAAGUAAAUCUGAAUUUAAAAAUAAGCCAAAAAUACCGAGAUUUAAAAAGCUGGAAGUCAAUGAUGAUUGGCAAGUUGCACCAGUGUGUGAACGUUUGAAAAAUCGUCAUGUUGAUUUGGGUGAUGUUAGUCCAAGUAAUAUGGAUCAUUUUUCAUCAGCAUUAAAAUCAAAUGUUCAAGGUAUCCAGGUUGAUUUUGAUGAUGGUCAUUGUCCAACUUGGUACAAUCAAAUACUAGGUCUUCAUAAUGUAACACAAGUAGUUAAAAAUAAUAUUCCAGGUGUUCCAAAUAUAACAGAAGCUCCAAUUCUUGUUCUACGACCACGUGCCUGGAAUAUGAUUGAAACAAAUAUGAGUAUAAAUGGUAAAAAUAUACCAGGUUCAUUAUUUGACUAUGGUCUCUUGAUUUAUCAUAAUGGAAUUGAUCUACAAAAGCUAAAAUGUGGUCCAGCAUUUUAUUUAUCAAAAAUUGAAAAUUCAAAUGAAGCUAAAUUAUGGAAUGACAUAUUUUCAUGGAGUGAGAUUUAUCUUAAUAUUCCACAUGGUUCAAUAAAAGCAUGUGUAUUAAUUGAAAAUAUUUUAGCUAGUUUUGAAAUGGAAUAUAUAUUAUUUGAAUUAAAAGAUCAUAGUUUAGGUUUAAACUGUGGUAUUUGGGAUUAUGCUGCAUCAAUAAUAUCAAAAUUUGGUAAUGAUAAAUCAUUUAUUUUGCCUGAUAGAAAUAAAUAUGUUAAUAUGAAUAAAAAAUUUUUAAAAAAAUACAUGCAACUUGUUGUUAAAAUAUGUCAUAAACAUGGUGCACAUGCAACUGGUGGUAUGGCUGCAAAAUUACUUCCAGAUAAACAAAAUUCAGUUGAUUAUUUACGUGUUCUUCAUGAUAUUUGUGAUGGAAAAUUAAGUGAAAUUAAUGAAGGUGUUGAUGGUUUUAUGAUUUAUGAUAUUAAACUUGUUUGUCAUAUGAAUGAUUUAUGGAAAAAUCAUGGUGGUCCAUUUGAUAAUCAAAUUAAUUAUCCAGGAACAAAAGAAAAUAUAAGUGAAGAAGAUUUAAUGAGUUUACCAAAAGGUGGUGUUACCAUGACAGGUCUUGAUCAUAAUAUUUGUGUUGCAAUAUUAUUUAUAUAUCAUUGGCUAAAUGGCAAUGGACAUUUUAUUCAUAAUGGAUCCAUUGAAGAUUCAGCAACAGCUGAAAUAUCAAGAUCACAAAUAUGGCAAUGGAAUAGACAUUCAACUGGUAUUGAAGACUCUCAUGAUUUUAUAAAUAAAAAAUUAAUUAAAAAACGUGUUGAUAUUAAUUUAAUAUACAUUAAAAAUAUCAAUAGCUUUAAUUAUGAUGAUGCUGGUAAAUUAUCAAUUGCUGUUGAUUUAUUUUAUGAUUUAAUUUAUGCUAGAGAAUUUCCGGAAUUUAUAACAUCAUAUAUUUAUAAUGUUUAUCCAUUUAAAAAAAUUCAAUCACAUUUAUAAAUUAUUUAUUUUUUAUUAUACAUUUUUUGUGUAA